UUUUGAAAUUGACAGGAGAUCGAUCCCACAAGAAAUAACUCAACAUAAAAAAAAUAAAAAUAAAAAUAAAGGACACGCGCAUCUCAUAAAAACAGACCCUCAAGUAAUUCACCAUCUCAAUUUUCUGAUAUUACUUUUAGCUGUAAUUGCUUCAAGUCUUCUAUAUGCUAUGCUAGCUGCACAAGACUCAUCAGGCGUGCUCGGAAACUCCCCCGGCACCCACGUUGCUGACCUAAUUGGAGAUCAUGUCACUUCUGCCGCUGCUGCUGUUGAUGCUGGCUCAAAUUCCGGAGGCGAAGAUGACAAAGGCGACCGCAGCUUUGGCGGAAACCGGUGGCCCAGACAAGAAACUUUGGCCCUUUUGAAGAUACGUUCUGAUAUGGAUCAAGUGUUUCGUGACUCCAGCCAUAAAGGACCCUUAUGGGAAGAAGUUUCAAGCCAAAUUUUCGAUGAAAUAAAAACAGAAAUGGAGCUGUGUUGCCCUGUUGUUAUUAUCAGGAAACUAGUAGAGCUUGGGUAUCAUCGAAGCGCCAAGAAAUGCAAAGAGAAAUUCGAGAACGUGUACAAGUAUCACAAAAGAACCAAAGAUGGCCGAACGGGGAAACCAGAGGGCAAACAUUACAAAUUCUUCUAUCAAUUAGAAGCUCUUCAUCACCAUCAUCCACCAUUACCAAAACCUCAAACAACUCCAUUCCAACCUGUAAUUUCUUCUCCGUCUGCAACAGCAAUGCCGUUGAGCACCACUUCGACAAACCCUAUUGCUCAAAACACUACUCAAAAUGUCACUUCAACGCUUCCAUCACAUGCUUUCAAUUCGUUUCCGAGUAGUUUUCCCAAUAUUUCUUCCCAUCUUUUCUCCAGUUCUACCUCGUCUUCGACUGCGUCGGAGGAGCAAUAUUCGGAAGAAGUGAUGAAGAGGAAGAGGAAGUGGAAGAAAUUCUUCAAGAGGUUAACGAAACAGGUGAUAAAAAAGCAGGAGGAGCUGCAAGAUAAAUUCUUGGAAACAAUCGAGAGACGCGAAAAUGAAAGAUUGGCUCGUGAAGAAGCUUGGAGAAUUCAAGAAAUGACACGAAUUAAUAGAGAGCAUGAAAUUCUAAUCCAAGAACGAUCCACGGCGGCGGCUAAAGACACCGCCGUCAUUGCAUUCUUGCAGAAGAUCUCCGGACAACAGCAAAACUUAAUCCAAUCACAAGAAAAAAAUAACCCACCACAACCGCCUGCUCCGCCGCCACUUGAACCAUCGGUUCGCCCACAACAGCAAAGACAAGAAGCUCCACAUCCCCCGCCGUCUACAACAAUGAUGAUUAAUUUGGAUACUACUAUAAUGUCGCGCUCGUCGAGAUGGCCAAAAGCGGAGGUUCAAGCUUUGAUUAAAUUCCGGACGGCUUUUGCUAAUAGGUAUCAAGAAAAUGGGCAGAAAGGGCCGUUGUGGGAGGAUAUCUCGGUGGCAAUGCGAAGCAUGGGAUACGAUCGGAGCGCUAAAAGAUGUAAAGAGAAGUGGGAGAACAUCAACAAGUAUUUCAAGAAAGUGAAGGAGAGCAACAAGGAAAGGUCGGAGAAUUCGAAGACGUGCCCAUAUUUCACGCAGCUUGACGCUUUGUACAGAGAGAAGAUAAUGAAGCCGGUGAAUAAUCCGAUGGUGCCAUUGAUGGUUCAGCCGGAGCAGCAAUGGCCGUUGAUGCAAGAGGAUGAAAAUAAUAGCAAUGCGGGUCAGGUGCAAGAUGAUGAAGAAGGCGAAGAUCUGGACACUGAAGACUACGAAUACGAAAGUGGUGGUGGGUCUUACGAGAUAGCUGCAAACAAAGCAGCAGCUGCUUCUCCGAUUGGAAGUGGUGAGUGAAGACAGAAGACAAAAACUUGAAUGUUGGCAUUGUCAAGAAGCGAUCAAAAUCUUUACAUUACUGUUAAAAAAAAGUAGUAAUUUAAUUAAUUAUUUACAAGUUCUAAAAUCAGAAUUUAAUUUUGGCAUGCAUGAAUUGGAAUGGAGAUCAUAGCUGUGGUGGGUUUGUGAUUAAAUAUUUAUUCAUAGUAGUGGGAGAAUUAUUAUAAUUUAAUACAGUUGAUUAAUUGUUAUUUGCUCGUGAAUGGAAUAAAAUUUAAGUACAAAAUUGAGUUGUA